UUCUCCCACCUCGCAGGCUUCGCAAGGCGGCCACACGCCGAUACCUCCACCACCACCCGCUCCCGUCGCCUCCCCCGCCGGCCACGCCACCAUGCUGCCGCCGGCCGCCCGCCUCGCGGCCCGCCGCCUCCUCGGCCUCGCCUCCUCCUCCGCGUCGGAAGCCGCCGCCCGCCGCCUGGCUCCGUCCCCGAUCGCCGCCUCGUCCUACGCUGCGGCCGCUAGGGGCUCCGUCUCCAGCUCCAGGCCCUUCUCCACGGCUCUUAACUACCACAUUGAUUCGCCGGAGAACAAGCCGGACAUGAAAUGGGAGUUCUCGGAGGCGAACAUGAAGAAGGUCAAGGAGAUACUGUCUCACUAUCCAAGCAACUACAAGCAAUCAGGUAUUAUUCCACUGCUUGAUCUUGCGCAGCAGCAGCAUGGUGGAUGGGUGCCAGUUGCAGCCAUGGAUGCUAUUGCUAAAAUCGUUGAAGUUGCGCCAAUCAGAGUAUAUGAAGUUGCUACAUUUUACACAAUGUUUAAUCGAACUAAGGUUGGUAAGUACCACCUUCUGGUGUGUGGAACUACACCUUGCAUGAUUCGUGGUUCACGUGAAAUCGAAGAGACAUUGUUGGAGCACCUUGGAGUUAAACGAAAUGAGGUGACCAGCGAUGGUUUAUUUUCUGUUGGAGAAAUGGAGUGCAUGGGUUGCUGUGUGAAUGCUCCCAUGAUUGCUGUGGCUGACUACUCGAAAGGUUCAGAGGGUUACACAUACAACUAUUAUGAGGACCUCACUCCAAAACGAGUUGUUGAGAUUGUUGAGAUGCUGAGAAGAGGAGAAAUUCCCCCUCGAGGCACACAGCACCCAGAGCGGAAAAACUGUGGCCCCGCUGGAGGCAACACCACAUUGCACGGAGAGCCGAAACCUCCUCCAUGCAGGGAUCUAGAUGCCUGCUAGGUUUGCUUUGAAGCGUUACGAGCACAAAAAUAAGUCGGCUCGCACUGUAAGGUGUGCAAACUGCAAACAGCGGAAUGGAUGUGUUAUUUUUAUUCUGAAGCUUUCUUGUGUUUCAUCAAUGAACGCUUUUCUAACUUUUAUUCUGCAUCAUCAGAACGAUCCAUUGAUAGACAAUAAGAUGUUUUUGACCUGAUGUUCAGUGGCAAAUGCUUUGUAUUUUGGCAACCGGUGAAGGAGCUGAACCCCGGAUAGCUGGGAGAACAGACCAUCGCGCCAUUCAUUUUUGUUGUACCAAGAUCGUGUUAUUAGUCCAUUCAAAGAUGAUAUCCAUAUCCUUGAUGCAUUUUGAAUUUAGCAAA